CAGUCGUUCGUCGAACGAAUCAGUAGCGUCGCGUUAAUGAGGAAGAUUACACGUAUGCUGUUUAAAUUGCAAAAUGUAAACAAACAAUUUAACACUCUUGAGUGAAAACCGUCCUCAAACUCGUGACAAUGUCGAAAAUGGUGAACCGUGUGACAGUGCUGAGUUUUUGUGUGUUGUUAACAGUGAAUAUUGUUUUAACUGAGUUCAUAAGUGAACAUCAACAUGUACAUUGCACGCACGAACAUCCUAAAGAAGACCAAGUGGUGCGAGGAGUCCACAUAGAGCCAGCCCACAUAGUCAAGAAGAGGAGCAUAGACCAACCCUUAAGAAUUAGUAUAUUUUAUGACCAUUCCGUCUAUAGAUUAGAACCUGAAAAAUUUGAUAUGAUCAAUAACACAAUAUUACCGGAGGCUGUGAAGUUCUGGGAACAAGCCUUGAAAGUAAGAAAAACAGGGGGUCCCAUUAUGUUAAAUAGAAAAUGCCCCACUCGUCAAGUGUUCGUGCGUGGGGGCCGCUCGCACUGCAUCGAUGCGUGCAACGCCGAGACCAUGUGUGGGGAAGUGAGGGUGCCUGAGCAUCAUUUGAAUCCAUGCUACGUGUGCAACAGUACCGGUCACAACUGCAGAGCCUUGCCCAGGACUCGACCCGUGAUAGAUGAGGAUAGCACGGAGAUCACCGGGAACGCACUUAACUUUGGCUUCGAAUCCGUGACACCCCCAGAGCACACAGACGAUGAAGAACCAACUGGAAUACAAAAUUCAGACUUCGUGUUAUACGUCAGUGCAGUUGAGACAGCGCGUUGCAAAAGAGGGUUGACAGUUGCGUACGCGUCGCAUUGUCAGCAGGAAUCUGCAUUAGAUAGGCCCGUGGCAGGUCACGCCAACUUCUGCCCAGGAGAACUGUCAACGAAGUACCGAGACUUGCCGUCUGUCAUGGCGACUGUCAAGCACGAAAUGCUUCACGCUCUCGGGUUCAGUUUGUCGCUGUUCGCCUUUUUCAGAGAUGACGCUGGAGAGCCCCUGACUGAAAGGCGCCCCGACACAGGAAACCCUCCCUUAGAUGAAGAACUGCAAAUCCACAAGUGGUCAGACCGCGUGGUGAAGAACGUGACCCGGAAAAACUGGAUGAUCAGGGGAGGGUACAUGGAGAGGACCUUCUACAUGAUGGUCACUCCCAGGGUGGUUAAGGAGGUCAGAGACCACUUCAACUGCUCCGAGUUGGAAGGGGCUGAAUUGGAAGACCAGGGAGGUGAUGGAACUGCCCUCACUCACUGGGAGAAACGAGUGUAUGAAAACGAAGCUAUGACCGGCACGCACACCCAAAACUCGGUCUUCAGCAGGAUAACCUUCGCUAUGAUGGAGGAUACGGGCUGGUAUCGCGCCGAGUACUCCCAAGCAGCGCCCCUGGACUGGGGCAAAGGCCUGGGCUGUCAGUUCGCUAUGUCGUCUUGCAAGCAGUGGCUCAACACACAAAGGUUGAGACGAAAGAACCCGGCGCCAUUUUGUGAGCGCAUCAAAGGCAGCCCGCUGCGCACCGAAUGUUCACCGCGACGGACCGCCGUGGUGCUUUGUAACCUCGUCAGACACGACACUAUACUCCCUAGGGCUUAUCAGCACUUCGACAUCCUUCCCAACAUUGCCCCAGGCGAGGAAGCCCAUUACGGAGGCUCGGUCACUCUCGCCGACUACUGUCCAUACCUCCAGGAGUUCACAUGGAAACACAAGAGCGUGGUGGUCAGAGGCAGUCGGUGUUCGUUCGAGGAGAACACUCCAAAGACUGAUGUAAACUUCGCUUUAGAGAACUACGGCCAGCAUUCAAAAUGCUUUGACCACAGUGACAGGGUGUGGGAGCAGAAGUCGUGCCGUCAGAUCCGCGAAUGGCAGCACUGGGGUUCGGGCUGCUACAAAUACAAAUGUGACCACGGCCGCAUUCACAUUGUGGUUGGAAACUACACGUAUACAUGUUACCACGCGGGGCAAGUGUUGCAGAUUCGAAUCAUCAAGAGGGGGUGGCUUCAUAAAGGGGGUGUGGUGUGCCCCCCUUGUAGGGAGCUUUGUGGGGCUGAAUUUGCUUCACGCAAAGAAUACUGCAAAGGGGGCGAAGAACCCCCUCCCCCGAACUUAUAUCCCAACGACAUUCUAACGUGUGGUGGCGCCUCCGUCGCACCUGUCGCCAUCUUGUGUGUGGCGGCCAUUUUGUUCAACCUACUCCGACCUUGAACGUUACGCUCAAUAUUGUGUGUGUAUGAAGCGAGUAUGCCAAAAAUAUUGUUACCUUUUAUUGUAGGUAAAAUUACCCUAAACGACUUUAAAGUAGACCUGGUAAGUUUUUUUUUAAUUUAUGAUUACAGUUUUAUUUCACAAAAUAUAUUUAUGUAUUUAUAAUGACGAGAGACUAAAAAUAGGCAUGAUGACACUACACUCACUGUUUUUUAAAGAUAGCUAUAAAACGAUAUUAAAGACUAAUUAUUUGAGUCAACUGUCAAAAUUGAUCUAAAUUUUUUGCACACAAAUAAAUAAAUAAAUAGUUUAUUUAUGAAAAUAAGACAGUUAUAAGAAAUUUUGUGUUUUGUUAAAGCCUCAAUAUAAUUUAAAAGUGUCAUCAUGUCUGCAGCCCAUAAAAGUAACAGACAGACACCAUAAUUCGUUGUUAUAUAGUAAUUUAAAGUCUAAUGACUAUAAAUUGGCAGUUCUUUGUUUGAUAGCAAGCCUCUUUUCCAUUCACUACAAGUUACAACUCGAUUGAGCUAACUGCGUACCUCGCUGGAAUGCGACUCUCCCUAACACCAGAGUAAAUACAAAUGAGUAGGUCAUCUUCAUAGAAACGUGGAUAGCGGGGUGUUGCGCCGAAUUUUGUCAGUGUGUGCGUGCGCGCCGCAUACGUAUUGGCGCGCUCACAUACAAACCGCGCUCGGUGCGUUUCUAUGAAGAUGACCUACUCAUUUGUAUUUACUCUGCUAACACUCACCCGCGUUUGCCCCGUCCGUACUAGAGCGUCGAUGUGACGUCACGGCAGCCAGGUGCGCAGUUAACUUAACCAGGUUGUACGGAGAGGAUAAGAGACGUUUAUUAUAUGAUUGACGUAGUACCCGACGAUGCCACUUAGCUGUGAUCCAUACCACUUUGGAGUACUUAAAUUGAUGAAUCUUUAGUUAUUAGAGACUUCUAAGGAUCACUAGACAAGCUGUUAAUAAGAAUGUCAUAGUCCCAGUUACUUAAAAUAACUUAAAAAAUGCGCACGUAAUAAUUUAUCAGUCUAGGUAGCACAACGAAAGUUGAGGCGAACACGUACUUACACUGAUGUAAUAUUUGAAUACAGUACCUCUAGCAUGAAGAACUUUCGUCUUCGAAUCCUUUGCGUAUUCGAUAAAAUUCGAUACUCAAUCUACGAAUUAAACGAUAACGUGACAAUUUUGAUUCUCAAAAUAAGUUUCGUGCAACUACAUCUCAUACUAAGUUCACUUUACGACACGUUCACAAAGGCGCUGUUGUAGUUUUCUUACUAAAUCUUUUGAUGGCGAUUCGAGUACGCAAACGAUUUGAACUCGAAAGUUUUUCGUGCUAGCCGUAAACACAAAAAACACAUUACACAUUAUCGAAUAGGUAUUCUAGCUACCUCGCUCUUGAUAAAUGUCUUCAAGCGAGACAGAAAGCACUUGUCAGUCCGACUACGCAAGACAUCAGCGCGGCGAGUGUAUACAGACAGAUAAAUAGUUCUUGCAACUCACGAAGGCGAGUGAGCUUUACUUGUGUGUACGUGUACAUGCACAUAACGAUAGUGUAAUUAAUGUCUAUCAAAACUUUUGAAAACGAACAGUAGCGAGCCACCACACAUGUAAAGCUCACUCGCCUUCGUGAAUUGCAACAAUAAUCUUUGCAUGUGUUGAUCGCCUCACCUCUCGCUGCGAGACUCGAAGUCGACUAAAUGAGUUGUUAAGUCUUAUCAACAAUUUAAUUAACAAUGUACACUGUACAGCCUGUCUAGUAAUACGUAAAAGUCUUUGGUUAUUUUACUUUUAAACUAUUUUGGCGUUAAGCGAACGCCUGGACCAAUGCUUAAAUAUUUAAUAGUCACUUUUUAUUCUAGUUGUAUUAGUUUUAACUUAAUUCUUUUUGGUGUAGCAAUGAGUUAAGAUAAUGUUAACUAUCGUGUGUCAUAACCAACCCCUAGACAAGUUGCAAAACGUGACAGUGGUAAUCGAAAUCGUUCCGGCGUUUUUUUGUACAGUUACUAGACGCUUCUGAAGCGAUAACGAAAUUAAAACUAUCACGAAUGGUUCUUUGUCUAGAAAAGCUGACACCAGACAUUACGAAUCAUUUUAGAUGUCAAGCAAGGAUCGAAAACUAAUCUCAGAACUAUGGUGGUGAAUUUGAGACUUUUGCGGCCGUAGGUAUUCACAAAUGAUGCUUGCUUAAGUGAAGCAGCAAAUCAAACGCACAGCGUUGAAUAGUGCUCUGUGAUUGGUUCGUGUGUCACCCUGUGCGUCCACGCUCACUGUGAGACCUCAUAGUAAUGUUUGUGAAUACGGGCGUUGAAUUCAUUAUGGAAAUCAGAUCUGCUUAUUUAAGUAUUGCUACACCAAAAAACUAGUAAUUUAAGUACUUACAUUUCUCACUUAAACAUUCUUAUUGCCAUAACUUAACUUAUUUUAUGUGUGGUUAGACUUAUAAAUAUAGAGGUUCCCUGCGUUAUAUCGAAAGUAGUUACAUCGAAUGUCAUAACAUCGAAAACGCUAUAUCGAACAGUCAUUAUAAUGGUACGAAACAUCGAAUGUCGCGACAUCGAAUUGGUCAUAAUAUGGAUAGGUUAUGUCAAUGAAAGGUUAUUAAAUCGCUGGUACACAGUCGUAGUCGCAGGCCUAUGCCUGGACGUUUUCCACGUCAUGCACUAUUGAUCUAUUAUUUACAAAAUUUCGAUGUUAAGAUAUUCGAUGUUUUAACCAUUCGAUUUUGCGACGAGAUUCAAUGUAUCAUACCAUCGAUAUAAUGACCGUUCGAUGUAACGUUUUCGAUAUUACGAGAUUCGAUGUAACGACUUUCAAUAUAACGUGGGGAAAUAUAGAGUUUAAAUCUUAUAACGUCCUAAAAAAUUAUUUCCAAAUUAGAUGGCUAGCAGUUUUGACCGUACCUUAGGUUUAGAAAUGAAGAGAAAGGAAUAAAAAUAUUUUAUUUUGUACCAAAAUAACUGUUAAAGAGAAAAAAAAAAUAGAUAGCCACUAAAAACUUGUUUCCACAGAGCCAUCCUGUUUAUAGCAGGAACUGGUUUUUGCAGUAUCCCGUUUAUUAGUACUUAAAUAUGUGUUUUAAUAUUAACGUUCACACGAAUAUCCACUAUAGUGGAAGAGGCUCAUAGUCCAGCAGUGAUUGUAAAGGGCUGUUGAUGAUGCUGAAUAUCCUGUAUGCAGUUUCCCGCAAAAAAAAAAGAUAUCAAAACUGUACUUUACUAAACGGGAUGCCCCCGUGGGAACAAACCCUAAUUGUUCUGUAAAUCAACUUAAUAUAUUGUAAAAGUGUUCGUAUUGUAAAGGAGAAUAUUAAAUUUGUAAAUAAUAGCGUGUAAGUUUUAAUUUUAUGGUGCUUUAAUCGCUUUAAUUUGGUUUCGUUUAAAAUUUUUAUUCAAUUGAUAUUUAUUUUCUUUAUAUUUCUUUUUGUAAAUAAUAUUGUUUAAAUUCUAAUAUCACGUACCUAAUUAUCUUUUGGCAGUUACAACGUUUUUAGAUUCACUUAUUUUCAAAGGAGCUUUUUCUCUAUUUUAAAGUUGCUAAAUUUUACUUACGUUGUUUUAGAACUGAAGCGACUAUGUUUUUGUCCUAGCUAUUAUUUUAAAAUAUUGUUUUUGUAGAGAUUUAUUGAAAUUAUUUUGAAACAGAUCAAGUUUCGUUUUUGUGGGCCCCAGUAAAAGUUUUUAUAUUUGGGGUCUAAAAAACCCCAUACGGUAAAGGUGAAAUUAAAAUUACAUUUUAUUUUUAAUUUAUUUUUCGUGAACUCUGUGUAUUGUAUUUGUGAAAGAAAGUUAAAAACUGUAAAAUAUUCCAAAUAGGUUGAGUUUUGAGUUGCACCAUCUUAUUUUAACCGUAACUAUAACCCUAACCGGAGUUUUUGUAUGGAGUUUGACAGACUUUUGACGUUUGUUACAGCUAACGUAAAAUGGUGCAACUCGGCCCAAGUGUCUGAACGAAUAUUACGUAUUGUAUGUACUGAUUUGUAUGUAAUAAAGGAUAAUAUUUUUUAGCAAUUGAA